UAAACGAUAAAGAUACAAGCUUCCAUAUACAAGGGAGCAUGUGGGUACAAAAUUAGCAAGUCGAGUGAGGUUCACGUAUUCAACAAGGACCAUGGCGGAGACAAAAAUAAAACAGGACAAAAUUUGCAUUGUGGGAAGUGGACUGAUAGGGCGGAGCUUCGCCAUGUUGUUCGCGGCAUCAGGCUACCAAGUCUACCUGUACGACAUCCAAUUGGCCCAGGUGACGGACGCUCUGGAUAACAUACGAAUUCAGUUACUGAAUCUGGAGGGGAUGGGACUCCUGAGGGGAACAUUGACCGUGGACCAGCAACACAGUUGUAUAAAAGGGGCCUCAGACCUUGGCGAGGCAAUCAAGGGCGCGUGGUUUGUUCUGGAGUGUGUUCCGGAGAGACUAGACCUUAAGACAGUUGUAUACAAGAGUAUCGAUCCCCUUCUUGAACCCAACGCGAUUUUAGGGUCCUCUGCUAGCGCCCUCGUUCCAUCCCUCCUUUCCAAGGACCUGAAAAACCGGAACAGGUUUAUCGUCGUACAUCCGACGAACCCUCCGUUCUACGCACCUUUGGUAGAACUGGUUCCCGCGCCCUGGACGGACGCUGAUGUGUUGCCUGCCAUCAAAAGCUUGUGUACAGAGAUAGGACAGGCACCAGUCGUACUGAACAAGGAAAUUGAUGGCUUUGUUCUCAACCGGAUACAGUACGCCAUCAUUGGAGAGUGCUGGAACCUCGUUAAGGCGGGAGUAAUGAGUUCUGAGGACGUAGACAAGGUCAUGUCAGAGGGACUGGGGAGAAGGUACGCCUUUAUGGGACCUCUGGAGACAGCAUACCUCAACGCAGACGGUUGGUUGAGUUAUAAAGAUCGUUAUGCAGAAAUGAUGGAACGUGUGACGUCAAACUUUGAGCCCUUCCCGAAGAUAGAGGGACCGACGUUACAAAAGAUACACGACGAGUUCGCAAGGAAAAUCCCCUUAGACCAACUCGAUGCUCGCAGAGAGUGGCGGGAUGCAAGAUUAGCACAACUAUCUAAACUCAAAAAGGAAAUGGACAAAUGAAUAAAGUUUUUAUUAGUUCAAUAUUAACAUCGUUUAAAUACGUGUACUGUUGAAUAAAAAUAUUCUUUUGAGCUUGUGAUUAUAUCACGAAUCAGACUUAUCAUUUAGUUCAAUAAUUACAACGUUUAGAUUUUUCGAUUGUUGAACAAAAACCUUCGUUUUAGCUUGUGAUCGUACAGAUACAUGCUUGAGUACAUAAUUCCUUAUCAAAGAACAGUAUAUAAUGUAUG